AUGUUGGCCGUCCAAAGAUCAUUUGCUAGAAGUUUUGCUAGAGGUAUUGUCCCAAGAUGCGGGUUGCACACCGCCAGUGUUUUCUACAACCAAGGGGCAUCCCAGCCAAAACUUGCUGUUCAACAAAAUCCGGCCAAGAUCUACGAUUUUAGUGAGAUCAAGAAACUCUUGGAAUCUGGGGCCACUGACUCGGUGUUGAUUGAUGUUCGUGAACCAGCCGAACUUCAACAACAAGGGUUUAUUCCAACCGCCAUCAACAUCCCAUUCAAGUCGGCGCCAGGGGCGUUGAACUUGCCAGAGGACGAGUUCGAGGAUGUUUUCCGUUUCGGCAAGCCAGCAAAGGACAAGGAAGUGAUUUUCUAUUGUCAUUCUGGUGUGAGAUCUUCUGCUGCCGAAGAGUUGGCAGGGACUUUUGGGUACGAGAAGCGCGGAAAUUAUGUCGGGUCAUUUUCUGACUGGGUGGCACAAGGGGGUAAAAUUGAAAAGAAAUAG